GCCGCUGGGAUUUAUUUUAUCAUUAUCAUUUUUCUAAACAUUAUUUUGAUUUACCAAAUAUUAUGAUGUUCUUUAUGGGCUUAGUUUUCAUGUUGUUCUUUUUUUAUUGUAUACAUACUUAUAAUUAUUGGUCAAGGCGUGGUGUCAAGCAAAUUAGUUUAUUUUCGUUACUACGUAUGUUCAAGUUACAGUGUCUGAAUCAGGUUAGCGAGGUAGAGUUGUACGAGAACCUUUACGCUGCGAAUUCCAAUGAAAAGAUUGUCGGAUUUUAUGUUUUUACUUCACCAGUACUCAUGGUCAGAGAUCCUGAAAUAAUCAAAUAUGUCCUUAUAAGAGACUUUGAUACAUUCUACUCAAGAGGAAUUUUAGAACUAGACAAAGAGCCUGAACCAUUUCUCAAUCAAAUAUUUUUUAGCGUAGGUGACUUGUGGAAAUUAUUAAGGAAAAACAUUUCGCCUGCCUUUUCUACCGGAAAGAUCAAGGGAAUGUUUCAUCAAAUCUUGGAAAGAGCGGAAAAAUUGCAACAUAUUGCAUGUACAGCGGAUAAAGGUGAAAUCGAUGCUGUAGAUUUAGUGAAACGUUACUCUGUAGACGUCGUUGGAGCUUGCGGAUUAGGUAUCGAUUUGAAUACCUUAAAUGGCGAACAUGAAGUGGUAUUGAAACUGUGUAAACGAUUUUUUAAGCCCACAAAAAGAGAUAUACUUGUGUACUUAUUGAAACUAAACAUGCCGGCUAUAUUUAAGCAUGUCCACAUUAUUUCAUCUUUUCUUGAAGAUACUACUAAAGCUGUGGUGGAUAUUAUUAUGAAACAAAGAAAUAAUGAGCCCUCCGACAGGAAUGAUUUUGUAGAUUUACUUUUGAAGUUAAAAAAGAAGGGUACGAUGGUUGGAGACUCUUUGACACGCAAGAAUGUUGACGGUUCCCCUACUAAGACGGAGGUGGAGUUUACCGACGCACUACUGACUGCUCAAGUGUUUAUGUAUAUGGCCGCCGGGACUGAUACGACGACUUCUGCGACAAGCUACACACUGUACGAGCUCGGUCACCAUCCUGAAUACCAGAGAAAAUGCCACGAAGAAAUUGACUUCGUGCUAGCGCGUCAUGGGAACCAAUUAACUUAUGAAGCUAUUAAGGAAAUGAAGUACCUCGAAGCCUGCUUCCGGGAAGCAUUGCGCUUGUUCUCGCCAACUGGCAACUUUAUGCGCAAAUGUAUGAAGCAGUACACCAUCCCCGGCACUAAUGUCACGCUCGACCCCGGCGUGUUGGUAGUCGUCCCGGCGCAGGCGGUGCACAUGGAUCCUCAGUAUUUCCCCGACCCUGAGCGGUUCUGUCCUGACCGCUUCUACGGAGAACAUGCAACCUUCAAGGAUGCUUACAUGCCUUUUGGUAAAGGACCUAGAGCAUGCAUUGGUGAGCAUUUGGCUUACAUUCAGUCGCUGGUGGCUGUGGCAGCGGUGCUACGUCAAUCUUGUGUAUCGCCGGUUGGCGAGCGGCCUAGCCGUGUGCCACGGGAUCUCAACACCACCAUCAUACAGAAUAUUAAGGCUCCACUACGAAUCAAAGUUACGCUACGUACAAAUUCAAAUGAAAAUAUUAAUAAAUUAUAAUACUCAAUAUAAUGAAUGUAGAGGAAGCGGUCUCUACUCUAUGCUCGUCGUGCCCACCAUCAAAUUAUUCAAUAAAUAAGGUAGAUUUUCCAUUGUAUCACGAUUAAUUUAUUUUUAUUUUUUAUUUAAAUUAUAAGUUCCAAAAAGUUUAAUAUUAUAAAUCACAAAGGCAGGACGAGGUUAUGUGUGUGACCACGUUUUAGAUUGUUAUUUUUUAAAUGUUACG